GGUUACCGAAAACAUGUCUGCAUCUUCAUCACGCCUGCCUACGUUUCCCGACGCUCAGCAGGCUCAAAUUAUAAGGGCGAACCAGAGAGAUUUGUUCCAUGUUGCAUCGUUGAGGGAACAAGCAGAGUCAGUACUUCGAUCGUGGCUUGGUACACGGUGGCUCACGCGAUGGGACAAGGAGGUCGAGCUAGGUGUGAAACUCAUGUACUACGGACUAUCCGUUGGUCGAGCUGUCCAGACUCUCGGGGAGGAAUACACAGAUAUCUGGGAAUACUCCUCUGAUGGAAGAACACCCUCGCGUUCUCUCCGAGCUGCGCUUAUCCUCCUACCUACGCUUCCUUCGUAUGCUCUGGCGCGUUGGGGUUCCCACAUUGGUGCCCUGAGCCCGAGAAUGGGCGAGUUGCUCAAGGCGCUACAGGUGUGUUUGGAAGUAGGGACGGAAAUCAACCUAGCGUUGUUUUAUCUGCGGGGCACAUACUAUGAUCUAGUGAAGAGGGUGUUGGGCAUUCGACAUGUGUCUUCUAUCCCAGAGAACCCUCAUGCUCGCCCGCCAUCAUAUUCAUUGCUUGGAAUACUCAUUGCGAUACGCCUUCUCCACCGACUUGUUACAUUUUUGCGCAGUAGAUCUCAAGCUGCUUCGGAAAAGUCCUCAGGGAAGCGUUCGCUGGACUCGACCAAUGAGAUGUUCAUUGACGAUCGGCCUGUUUCAACCUUACUCGGCGUCUCUGCCUCCGAGUCUGAUGUGAAACCAGCGGAAGAGGACGAGAACACAAUCUUAGAUAUCACGUCGAUACCUCCACCUCAGCGGGCAGGGAGGACGUGCACACUUUGUCUAGAAGAACGAACUGAUAGCUGUGCAACCGAGUGUGGGCACUUGUUUUGUUGGGGGUGUAUUGUAGGAUGGGGACGGGAGAAGGCAGAGUGUCCUUUGUGUAGACAGGCACUUAGUCUUACGAGGUUAUUGCCGAUUUACAAUCUAUAGUUUGAUGUCGUAUUUUGUUCUGUUCUGUUGUAUUAUCAGGUUGUCCUCAUGCGU